AUGGGGAGAGGAAGGGUGACGUUGAAGAGGAUCGAGAAUAAAAUCAAUCGGCAGGUGACAUUCUCCAAACGGAGGUCAGGAUUGUUGAAGAAAGCUCAUGAAAUCUCUGUCCUCUGUGAUGCCGAUGUCGCACUCAUCAUCUUCUCCACCAAAGGAAAACUCUGCGAGUUUGCUACUGAUGCCUCCAUGGAAAGGAUUCUUGAGAGGUAUGAAAGAUACUCAUGUGCAGAAAGGCAGCUUACUGCAACUGAUCGUGAAUCACAUGGAAGCUGGAGUUUGCAACAUGCAAAGCUCAAGUCUAGAAUUGAACUUUUGCAGAAAACACAAAGGCAUAUCAUGGGAGAAGACCUUGAUUCCUUGAGUCUCAAAGAACUUCAAAAUUUGGAGCAGCAACUUGAUACAGCUCUUAAACAUGUUAGGUUGAGAAAGAACCAGCUGAUGUUUGAAUCAAUCUCUCUUCUCCAGAAGAAGGACAAGGAAUUGCAGAAUCAAAAUAACGUUCUCUCAAAGAAGGCAGGAGGUAAUGGAGCAGUAGAAGAAGAAAUCCCAAGAGAAACUGCUCAACCAUCAAUAGUGUUACCCCCAUGGAUGCUUCAGCACAUGAACCAGUAA